AUGGCACCAUCCGCAACUGAUGCUACGGCCCCGGCUUCGCCAGCUGCGACGGCUCUCCAAGCUCUACCUCCACCCAAAGACCUGUCGCACCUGUUCUCGAGAGUGACUAGAAAUCGCAAGCCGAGCAAUAUUAAGGCCUUUUACAAAUUCAUGCAGAUUCCGGGUAUCAGCAAUUUUGCUGGAGGAAUGCCCAAUGUCAAAUAUUUCCCCUUCGAUACCUUGGAAGCUCAGAUAUCCAACGCGGACCGUUGGGAGCCUUCACCGAAUUACCCCGACAAGGCAUCAAUUGAGUCUCUGUCAGGUAGUGUUAUUGGAUACAGCAACAGUUCAGACAAAAACGCCCCGAGAAAUCCAGACUAUAACAAAACUUCGUCUAGGAUCUCUAUACCAAAGAUUCUAAAUGAACCAGACAUCACUAAGAAGGUCGACCUUGCCACUGCCCUUCAGUAUGGACAGGUGACUGGCUACCCGCCACUGCACUCUUUCAUUAGACAAUUCACGAACCAAGUGCUUCACCCAAACGUUCCAUACCAAGGUGGCGCGGAUGUCAUCCUUAACAAUGGCGGCACGGAUGGGUUCUCAAAGGUCCUUCAGCUCCUAGUUGACCCCUGGUAUGAGGGGUUACAUCCCGUAGAAGAGCGGCCGGGCAUGCUCUGUGAGACCUUUGUGUUUGGUAAUAUCCUUACUCAAGCUCGGCCUCUUGGAGUCAACGUUGUUCCAGUUGAGAUUGACGAAGAAGGUAUGAUAGUCGAAGGAUCUGGUGGUCUGCGAGAGGUGCUCGAGAACUGGAAUACUCAAAACGGAAGACUACCACAUUUCUUAUACACGGUAACCAUGGGAGAUAACCCUACCAGUGGUGUUGUAGGCGUUAAGAGACGAAAGGAGAUCUACGCGCUGGCAAGCAAGUACGACAUCAUCAUUGUUGAAGAUGAUCCGUAUUGGUAUCUGCAGUUCCCUUCCGCUGCGAUACACGAAGCUAAAGCUAGGGGCUAUGCUAUUCCCUCAGUGGCCGAUUCACACAAGACAGUCAAGUCAUCGGGCUAUGACUUCAUAGAUUCGCUUGUUCCAUCAUAUCUUAGCAUUGAUGUUGACGGCCGUGUCAUUCGCCUCGAUACCUUUUCCAAGACAGUUGCUCCUGGUUCCCGAUUGGGCUAUGUCACUGCACAACCUGCAAUCAUCGAACGUCUUACUAGGAUCGCAGAGACCAGCACUGGCCAGCCCUCGGGUUUCGUCCAAGCACUCAUUGCUCAAGCCAUUCUAGGCCCUCACUCAUCAGCUCUUGAGACAUUCUCCUCUCUCCCGGAAGCAGAGAAGCACUCGUUUACUGGCUGGCAGCUUGAUGGUUGGGUGCGAUGGCUUGAGGGACUUCGUGGCGAGUAUGAGCGUCGCAUGACCCGAAUGUGCUCUAUCCUUGAGAAGAAUGCAUUUGCUCCGAGACAGUCAACGUCCCAAGACCCAGACUUGGACCGGGACGUCAUCAGCAAGAUACGCCUGUUCGAUUUCGACUGGCCCCGUGGAGGGAUGUUUAUCUGGGUGCGUGUCCACUUCGAGAAGCAUCCUCUCUACCAGUCCAGAGGAGGUGACAUUGCCCCUGUCAUUGAUGGCACCGCACUGGCGAAUGCAUUCUUGAUCCAUAGUACACAUGCACCUCAUCUGGUGCUGGGCAGCCCUGGUAGUAUGUUCAGUGCCACGCCGGAGAUUCGGGAAAAGCGUGGCUGGCAGUAUAUACGACUGUGCUUUGCAGCAGAGAGCGACGAGAACAUUGACGACGGCUCGAGCAGAUUCGCGCGAUCUGUGGGUGAAUUCUUCAAGAUUAACGAUCCGGUACAGAUUGAGAAGCUACUCGAAGAGUUGCUCAGCUAG